AGCAGCCCACAGGAGCAGGAGGUGUAGAGGGGCCCCACAGCAACCAGUGCAGGAGCAGGCAAGGAACCAGUGUGCUAGGGAUUGAGCAAGGCAGAGGUGGUGUCAGUGUCCCAGGACUAAGAGAGCUUGGACUUGCAUCUCAGCUAUCGACGUCCCUUGUCUCUGAGUACCCCUCAUCCCAGGCCACCUCGAGGGCUCUGUAACACUGGCCUCCUGUCUCCUGACCACUGACCACCACAGCCUCUCCCAGGGCUAAGCUGCUGUGACUGGAUCCACGGGUGCUGUGUUUGGGACGCUCGGGUCCUGGACUGUGGCCAGCGUCAGGGCUCCCAGGAGUGCCCCAGCCAGGGGAUCUCUGCAUUUCCCCAGCUCUGGAAUCUCUUACAGGGGGCCAGUAUGUUUGUUUCAGCUGGGACACAGGACUCUUCACUGGGGCAAAACUGAGGAGGCAAAACCAGCGAUGCAGCUUCUCAGCAGUUUCCUGAAGCUUCUUGUGGCGCUUGUGCUGCAGGCAUCACACACUCAGCAGUGGGACAGGUUCAGCAGAAACAGCACCUCAGAAGGGCAAGUCCUGCCCUUCCAGGAGGUUUGGGGCCGCAGCUUCUGUCGGCCCUUGGAGAUGCUGGUGGAUAUUGUGUCCGAGUACCCCAGUGAGGUGGAGCACAUGUUCAGCCCUUCCUGCAUCUCCCUGCAACGCUGCACUGGCUGCUGCGGAGACGAGACACUGCAGUGUGUCCCUGUGGAGACGGCCAAUGUCACCAUGCAGCUCCUGAAGAUGAAGCCAGUGGGGCAGGUGCCCUAUGUGGAACUGUCCUUUACAGAGCACAGGCAGUGCGCGUGCAGGCCUCGACGGGAUACACUGAAGUCAGGAAGGAGGAGACCCAAGGGCCGAGGCAAGAGGAAACGAGAGAAGCAGCGACCUAAAGGCUGUGAUCUAUGUGCCAUUCCACGCAGGUAGUCAUCUCAGCAGGAGAGGGCAGCACCACUGUGCCCAUACUUAUUACCAAGUCCUCUAACCACCUGUAUGUAUGUGCCAAUUGCAUUCUUGACUGAACCCUGUGGGACUUGUGGCUAUUUGCACCUAUGAACUGUGACCCUCCAAGCAGACAAGAAGUGGUGAGGUGAGCAACAGGAUGGGAGCAUGGGCCCUUUUGCCGGAGAGGAUAACCUGGACUCUUGCUUGGCCACCUGCAGGAAUACAGCUCCAGGACCAGGGAAACUCAGAUGCAAGAGAGGCAGUCACCCCUUAGGCUGAUCUGCCCCACCUUAAGAGCCUUCCCAGGAAUCUCUGCACAGUUCACAUUAGUGGUUAAAGGACCCAGGGACCAGAUUCAAGGCUGAAAAUCCUCAUAAUGAGGCUCAACAGGUCCACAGCUUUGCAUUCAACACUCAGCCAGAGGCCAGUGGGGAACAAGCUUGGCCAAACGUGGGAAUGUUUUGUGGCCCCUGCAGCUGAAGGAGUAUUCCAAAGUGCUGAGGGUGCAGCAGGACAGCACAGAACCUCAGGCAGGUGCCAGCCCAGAGACUGCUGCACUGGGAACAUUCCCUGUUGUUGUCACCAACAGGAGUCUUGUGUUGCCACCUCCACCUUUGCAGAGCAACCCUCCCCUGAGCUGCCAGCUGGUGGAGGGGACCACACAGUCAUGAAGGAAGGAAACCUGUCCCUGGUGGGGAGUCCAGUGUGGUGUCUGUCCAGCUCCCUGCACAGGAAAGAUGUGGAGAAGCUGCAGUGAGCGGGGAUGGGGGCUGGCCUGGGACCUAUCUGCUUUGGAGUUCCCUGGGUGGGAUGGGAUAGAGAAUCCCAGGUCAACUGUAUCACAGAGGGAAUCAUGACACCCCAGCACCUGGGCUGUAGCACGGUUCCUGGGGCUGCUCUCCUGGCUGCAGUGCAGCAAUUUUCAAGCCAAGUCUUUCUGAAUAAAACCUUACCCUA